CUUGGGGAAAAUGGGGCACUUCUUAAGUGUUGAAAUGCUUCAAGGGUUUGAGGAGUAUUCAUCUGUCAGCAAAAAUACACCAAGGAGAUUCUUGAAAGGUUCUCCCGUAUGAAAAGUAAAUCAGCCAUGAACAUCUUUGUACCAGGAGCUCGGUUGAUAGAAAGUCUGUUGUAUCUUGUUGAUGCUACACAGUACAAGCAGCUGAUAGAAAGUCUGUUGUAUCUUACUGCAACGAGACCUGAUAUCAUGUUCUCAAUAUGCUAGUUGAGUAGAUAAAUGGAGACACCAACUAGCAGUCAUCUUCAAGCUGCAAAGUGGGUACUGAGAUACUUGAAAGGGACUGUUGAGUAUGAAAUCUGGUAUGGGAAGGGAUUGCAGAGAGAACAUAGCAGGAUACAUAAACAAUGAUUAUUCUGGUGGCACUGAUGACAGGAAAAACACUAGCGAAUAUGUGUUCAUUUUGGCAGGUGAAACUGUGAACUAAUAUCUUUAGCUUUAGAGCAGCAGCCAGUAGUCAGUUUGUCCACCAUAGAAGCUGAAUUUCUUGUCGCAGCCUGUUGUGGCGCACUUUCUAUCUGGUUAAGAAUGAUUUUGGAGGAAAUGAACCGACAGGAAAGUAUAGAGGAUGGAACUAGCAUUCUAACUGAUAAUAGUUCAACCAGUAAGUUACUGUUAGCUAAGAAUCUUGUUCUGCAUGGGAGGAGCAAACAUAUCGAUGUCGGAUUUCAUUUUAUCGGGAAUUCUGGUGCUGUUGAAAUUUAAAGAACAACAAGGCUGGGGUACUAGGUUGUUUGUCAGUAGUUGCUGCAGAACAGGAUUGGUGGUUACAGGAUCAGCUUCUAAGCCUGUUUUCGUGAAGCAGAGGAAUCAAGUGCAUGAUGCUCUCACAUAUCCUUAUAAUGUUGAUUUGGAUCGCUUAGGCCAUAGGAGAAAUAUCCAGCAGUAUAGUAAUAUAGAUAACAUUUGGACCUUGAAGACCUCCUAUUGUUGUCCAAACAUUGGGAACAAAGAUUUUCUUGAACUGGCAGCCGAAGACUUCAGCCUCUGCCAGUCGAUACAGCAGAAAGAACUCAAGCAACUAGGAAGGUGGAUUAUUGAUUAUAAGUUGGACAAGCUAUCAUUUGCGAGGCAGGAGCUGGGCUAUUGCUACUUUUCAGCUGCCACAAUUCUGUAUGCACCUGAACUAUCUGAUGCUCGCAUCUCGUGGGCCAAAAACGGUGUGCUUAUAACAGUUGUGGAUGACUUUUUCGAUGUUAGAGGUUCCAUGGAAGAAUUUGUAAACCUUAUUCAGUUGCUUGAGAAGUGGGAAGUGGAUGGAAGCACAGAUUUCUGUUCCGAGCAAGUUGAGAUCCUUUUCACAGCGAUUCGAGGCAGCAUUCAUGAGAUUGGAGGCAUGGCAUUGGCACGGCAAGCACGUGACGUCAGCCGUCAUGUAAAUGACAUUUGGGUGGACGUGGUGAAGUCAAUGUUUAAAGAAGCAGAAUGGUCAAGGUACAAGUUGGUGCCAACAAUGGUGGAAUAUAUGAAGUACGCACACGUAUCAUUAGCAUUAGGGCCAAUUGUUCUUCCAGCUCUUUACUUAGUAGGGCCAAAAAUCUCGGAGGAGAUGGUGAGUAGUCCAGAGUAUAAGAAUCUGUACGAAGGGAUGAGCACUUGUGGGCGCCUGCUCAAUGACUGGAGAGGAAUUCAGAGGGACUCUGAUGAAGGGACGAUAAAUGCAAUGUCGCUGCUGCUGCGUGAAGGUGAUCGCAGUUUUGACGACGCGGUGGAAGAGGUGAAGAGAGCAAUUGAGAGGGAGAGGAAGCAACUGUUGAGGUUGGUGUUGCUGGAGAGGGACCAGGGAAUGCCGAAAUGCUGCAAGCAACUGUUUUCGAAGAUGGUAAAGGUGCUUCACUUUUUUUACAUGAAGGAUGAUGGAUUCACUAAUGAGGGAAUCGUUGAUGUUGCUGAAUCCAUCAUUAAUGACACCAUCCACCUUUCUCCUUGAGAGGCAAUAAUACAGGCAAUGCGCCUGCGUCAUCAGACAAUUAUAUUUGCCAUUGUUGUCAUCGAAAAAUUAAUCGGUAUUUCUCGAGUUGGAUGAUAGAAUAUCUUGAGCUUGCGAUGUUGUUGCCUGUGUCGUCGAUGGUCAAACUGUGGUUACGAAUGAUAUGGUUCAUUGUUGACAUUGAUGUACUUACCAAUAGUACUUCGGUGUCCCAUUUGUAAGAAUUGUAAGCGCAUAAAUCUUUCAUAAUGCAACCAUUUCGGAGAAACUUAGAAACAAGAACGUGGAACUUGACAAAGAACGCGAUUUUUGGAUAAUAAAAAGAGAUGGAAAGC